GCGCAUAAAUGGCAUUACGGAAAAGUUAUCCCUUUUGGGUUGACAAGUUCGAUUGAUUUGCUUUUGAUAAAGAAAAAAAAUAAAAGUAGAUAAAAAAAACUUGAAAAUUUUGCAGUUAGCAAUUUUAAAAACCAAUUAGUUCCAACUACAAUUGGAGAGAUCAAAAUCUUUCAUCUAUAACAAAAAUUAAUACCAAAAUGAAAAUGUACUUAAUAUAGGACUAAAAAUAGAAAAGUGCAAAAAUGAUUUAAAAAAUUUUUAUUGAAGGUAAAAAAGAAUUUGUAUGUACUUGCGAAGUGAAAAGUCAAUUUUACAUUGAACUUCACUCGCAGUACACAAAUUUUAUACAUAAUUAAACAAAUUAAUUUUUAAAUAAUUACAAAAAAAGGUGAAAAAAAAGUAAUUGUGCAUAAAAUAAUCGAUAAAGAAUUUAGAGGAAAAAAAUACAAAAUUUUUAGUUUGUUUUUGUUUUCGGACAAAAAAAAAAGAAAAAACUCCUAUAUAUUUCAAAAAUUAAUUGGUUUUAAGUGUAUAUUUUGAGAUGAAUAAACAGCAAAUUCAAAGUACAAACCGCGAAAUUCAAGAAAAUCAGAUUGAAGAAGCUGAGGAUCCAAAUAAAAAUGUUGCCAAUAAUUCCGAAAAGUUUGUUGUUCAUCUUAUAGUUGACUUCCAUGAAAUAUGUAAGAUAACAGCAGCACUUCCUUUAGUCACAUUACUUUCCUGUUUUGUAACGGCGUACGUCUUCCAAUCUGAAGAGGUCCACGAGACUCAUUGUCGAGUUUAUAAUAUUAUACCAUCAAUAAGUGCUAUUACUGGUGUUAGUCCGCAACGUUAUUUUUGGCGGUUAUGUAUUGCGUUUCAUAUAGGUCCAAGAAUUCCAAUAACAGUUAUGUAUCGAAAUUAUUAUCGGAAUUAUUUAUUAAUGCACGAUUUAACCGAUGACGUUUUUAAAAGAGCCAAAUUAUUAAUUAAUUUAGUUUUUUGGUUGCAUAUGGUUGAAGUAAUUGCUUUAGGUGGUGUUACAUACGUUUCAAAUCGAGAAAAUUAUCCCAUUCAUGAGAAAAUAUUCAUAACAUUUAUGGUGUGCUCAUUGUGUCAUAUGUUGGCAACAAUUAAAUUGUAUGAAAUAUUACAUCCGAAAGAAAAAAUUACCGAAACUCAAGAAAAAUCAUUAAAAUGGAAGAAAAUUAUAUUUGCGGUUUCAAUUUUAAGUACAAUUGGAUUGUUUUUAUUUUUCCUGAAACAUCGAUUGUUUUGUCACGAAUUAGCUUUUAGUUGGUUUGCACUAUGUGAAUAUAUUAUUGCAACAGCCAAUAUGGUUUUUCAUUGUACAACAAUAUGGGAUUUCCCUUCGGAAUAUUUACUUUUAGCCCAAGGAUCACGUGAAUAUUUUGAAAAACAUUUUCUUAAAACUACAUUAAUUGACAAGAAAAAAGUCAAUUAAAAUUUAUCCUUAAAUUAAGAAGAAAAAUUUAAUUCUCUUUUUAAGAAAUUGUAUUUAAUUAAAUUUUAGAAACAACAAAAACUAAAAAAAAAAAACAGAUAAUAAAUUAAUUCAAUAUUAAAAAAUAAAAAAAAAUAAUAAAAUUAUUGUUUAUUAGGUAAAAUUAAAUAAUUUAAUUAACAUGUAUUUGUAUGUAUUUAAAGUAUACAUAUGUAUGUUUAUAUAUAUGUUUAUACAUAUUUGUAUAUGUACAUAAAUAUAUAUAUUUAUAAUUAUAUAGUUAA